CUAGGCAUGCAGACUGCUUCUACAAACAUUUGUGAAAGAAUGGGUCGCUCUCAGCAGCUCAGUGAAUUCAAGUGUGGUGCCAUGAUAGGUUGUCACCUGUGCAAUAAGUCCAUCCGUGACAUUUUGCUACUAAAUAUUCCACAGUCAACUGUUAGUGGUAUUGUAAGAAAGUGGAAGCAACUGGGAACAACAGCAACUCAGCCCACCAAUGGACUCUAGAGCACUGGAGACGUGUUCUCUGGAGUGACCAAUCACACUUCUCUGUCUGACAAUCCGAGGGAUGUGGCUGGGUUUGGCGGUUGCCAAGAGAACGGUACUUGCCUGACUGCAUUGUGC